AUGACCCAAUACAUUCAGGACUUGCUGGCUUCCAUCAUUAUCUGCCCAUCCUCCUCUCCAGCAGGCGCUGGGUUAUUCUUUGUGGAAAAGAAGUACAAGAGCCUUCGUCAUUGCAUCGAAUAUCAGGGCCUAAAUGCCAUAACUGUUAAGAAACGGUACCCAUUGCCCAUGAUGUUUUCUGCGUUCGACUUUCUCCAGGGCUCUAUCAUCUUCACCAAACUGGACCUCCAUAGCACCACCUUGUCCAAUGUAUUAUACGUCAAGGCGAAUGAUUUCCAUGUGUCCAGCACCACCUUCCUUGGAUUUGUCCUUUUAGCCGAUAAUGUCCAGAUGGACCAAGCCAGGAUUCAGGAGGCCUUUAACUGGAACCCAGAGGCUGAACUGGCCUUUACCAAACUGAAGAGUCUUUUCACCUCAGCCCCUGUCCUGACCCUUCCGGAUCCAACCCGCCAAUUUGUGGUGGAGGUGGACGGCUCAGAUCUGGGUGUAGGGGCCAUUCUGUCUCAGAGAGGUGCCCGUGUGCAGCCUGCACCGUGCGCAUUCUUUUCCCACUGUCUCAGAGCUGAACAGAACUACCCUGUUGGUGAUCGUGAGAUCUUGGCUGUUAAGUUGGCCCUGAAGGAGUGGCGUCAUUGGCUGGAGGGGUUGCGUUAUUGCGGCGUAUCAGAUGAAGGCUGUGCUGCUCUCGCUUCAGCUCUGAAAUCAAACCCCUCACACCUGAGAAAACUGAAUCUGACUGGGAAUAAAGUAGGAGACUCAGGAGUGAAGUGUCUCUCUGCUGUACUGGAGAAUCCUCACUGUAAACUGGAGAUACUGAGGUUGUGUGAUUGUGGAGUAUCAGAUGAAGGCUGUGCUGCUCUCGCUUCAGCUCUGAGAUCAAACCCCUCACACCUGAGAGAACUGAAUCUGUCUCUGAAUAAAGUAGGAGACUCAGGAGUGAAGUGUCUCUCUGCUGUACUGGAGAAUCCUCACUGUAAACUGGAGAUACUGAGGUUGUGGGAUUGUGGAGUAUCAGAUGAAGGCUGUGCUGCUCUCGCUUCAGCUCUGAGAUCAAACCCCUCACACCUGAGAGUACUGCAUCUGUCUGGGAAUAAAGUAGGAGACUCAGGAGUGAAGUGUCUCUCUGAUCUGAAGGAUGAUGAACGUUACAAACUACAGACACUGAAGUUGUAUGAUUGUGGAGUAUCAGAUGAAGGCUGUGCUGCUCUCGCUUCAGCUCUGAGAUCAAACCCCUCACACCUGAGAGAACUAAAUCUGUCUAGGAAUAAAGUAGGAGACUCAGGAGUGAAGUGUCUCUCUGCUGUACUGGAGAAUCCUCACUGUAAACUGGAG